AUGGCGGCGCCUCAGGCGGCGGCAGCGCUCGGGAGCGGUCCCGGGGCCACCGGAGCGGAGCUGCCCGAGCCGCUGGGGCUGCUGGAGCUCUGCGGGGCCUGCAGAAAACGCCUGAGCCCGCAGCGGGAACCGCGGCUGCUGCCCUGCCUGCACUCCGUGUGCCGGGGCUGCAUCGGGAGCGAGCAUGGAGACAAGAACGCGUUCGAGUGUCCCGUGUGCCACCAGCAGUGUCCCCUGGGUGACAUCAUGGAGAACCUGUUCCUGCAGCCCAGCCCCAGCGGGCAGAGCUGCACCAGCUGCGAGGACAACGCCAGGGCCACCAGCUUCUGUCUGGAGUGCUCGGAGCCGCUGUGCGCCACCUGCGUGGGGGCUCACCUGAGGGUCAGGUACACCCGGGAGCACCGCGUGCAGCCCCUGGGCUCUCCGUCCCUUCCCGAUCCCAUUGCUCCCAAUAAUCCCAAUAAUCCCACAAAUCCCAUGGAUCCCAUGGAUCCCAUGGAUCCCAUUGACCCCGUCCCGGCGCCGUUCCCGUCCCGCUGCCGCUCGCACCCCCGGGAGCCGCUGUCCCUGUUCUGCAGCGCCUGCGAGAGCCUGACCUGCGGGGAGUGCCACAGGAGGGAGCACCGCCUGCACCCCUCCCAGCCCGUGGCCGAGGCCGUUCUCCAGCAGCGCUCGGUGCUGUCGGCGCUGCUGCAGCGCCUGGCGGAGAAACACAGCGAGGUGCAGCGCUGCAGCGCCCAGCUGCACGCAUGCUCUCGGCGCGUGUCGGACGCGCAGAAGCGGCUGCAGGUGGAGGUCAAGCUGGCCAUCCUGCAGGUCAUGAGGGAGCUCAACCAGCGCGCCAAGGCCCUCGUGGGGGACGUCCAGCGCGUCACCGAGGGCCGGCGGCAGCGCCUGGAGCGGCAGCGUCGGGAGCUGAGCCGGGCGCGGCGGCUGCAGGAGCACGCGCUGCGAUUCGGGGCCCGCGCGCUGCACGGGCGCCACGGCACCGCCCUGCUGCUGUCCCGGAGAUUGGUGCAGGCGCAGCUGUUGGGGGCCCUGAGGGUGCCCCUGGAGCCCCCGGAGCCUCAGGGGGAGCUGCGGUUCCAGUGGGACCUGCAGGGAUGGACCCGGAGCGCCCAGAGCUUCGGUGCCAUCAUCUCGGAGCCGCCCCUCCCCCCCUCGCGGAGCCCCCCCCCGCGGCCCCUCCCCCACCGAGCAGGUUGUCACCGGGGGCCAGGUGACACCGGAGCUGCUCCUGCAGGGCCCCCCCCGGCUGUCACCUCCCCCCCAGCUGUCACCUCCCCCCCGGAUGUCACCGCCCCCCCUGGAGCCAGCGGCCACCCCCAGACCCCAGCUGGCCACCAGCCCCGAGAACGGCGUCACCGCUGCCAGGACGAGGAUCCCCGGCCGUUCCCCCCCGGGAGGAGAAGCUCGUUAAGAAGCUGCUCAUUAAACGGAGGGGCCCCCCCCUCGGUUUGGGGCAGCCCCCCCAGGCUCCCCAAGCAGCCUCGGGUGAGCCUGGAGCGCCUGGAGCUGGACCUGGAGCUGGACCCGGCGCAGCCGCCCGUGUUCCGCAUCUUCCCGGGGCCUUCGGCGCAGGAGUUCAGCCUCAUCGUCAUCGAGCAGGGCGCCCAGGGGACACCGGGGACCGAGGGGACACAGGGGACACCGGGGACAGAAGGGACACAAGGGACAGAAGGGACACAAGGGACAGAAGGGACAGAAGGGACGGGGCAGCCGCACGCAGCUCUCCUGGUCAAGGAGGAGCAGCAGGAGUCGCCCAUCGGUGACGCCGGUGACAUCGGGGACACCAAACCCGUGGGGCUGCUGCCCCCUCCCCCGGGGGACCCAGGCCCUGCCCCGGGGCUCUCGGGGGUCCCCGUGGGUGUCCCCGUGGGUGUCCCCAUGGGUGUCCCCGUGGGUGUCCCCGGGGGUGUCCCCAUGGGUGUCCCCGGGGGGGUCUCGUGCUGCCGCGUGUGCGGCCAGGCCGGGGCCGUGGUGAUGUGUGACCGCUGCCAGCGCUGCUUCCACCUGCACUGCCACCUGCCCGCCCUGCGCGACGUGCCCAGCCCCGAGUGGAUCUGUUUGCUGUGCCAGGAGCUGCCCCCUCCCCUGCCCGAGCCGGACCCGGAUCCGGAGCAGGGCCCCCCGCAGAAACUGAGCCCCCAGGACCAGCAGCGCUGCGAGUUUGUGCUGCUGGAGCUGCUGUGCCACGAGCCCUGCCGGCCCCUGCAGCGCCUCUGCAGCAACCUGGAGGGCGCUGACGCCAUGGACCUGACGCUGAUGCGGGCGCGGCUGCAGGAGAAGCUGAGCCCCCACUACCGCAGCCCCGAGGAGUUUGCCCGCGACGGGUGGCGCCUGCUGCGCCAGUUCCACCGCCUCACCGAGGACAAGGCGGACGUCCAGUCCAUCCUGGAGCUGCAGCGUUUCCUCGAGAGCCGCCUCAGCGCCGUCUUCGGCGACCAGAAAUUCUCCAGGCUCCUGCUGGACGCUGAGGAAGCGCCGGAGGCGUCCCCAGGCUCCUGAUGGACCCUGCUGGGGGGGAAAACCCUCCCAGCACCCCCAGUUCCACUCCCAGCACCCCCAGUUCCACUCUU